CGGAUGCGCCGCGUUGUGGCGUUCUGCAUGUCAGAAAUCCAUGCGAGUCAGACGGCCUCGACUGAAAUUCCCACCUACAUCCACGCUCGACACCACCAAUGCCCCCCUCAUGCUCAUAAGCCCAAGACCUUCUUGGGCCCCCGUCGUCUUCAAGAACCUGCGCCUGUUGUCCACCUCUGCCACAAUGGCUCGCGACUACAAUGCCGCCGUGUCAGCGCUCAACACGCUGCAGUCCAACUUCUCCAUCGUCGAUGCCAUCCGCAAGUCCGGCCGUGGCAUGAACCAAAAUGCCAUCCCCGAGAUGAUCGAGUGGAGCCGCAAGGCUGGCUAUGAGGUAUACGGCUCUCCGUCCGCUCCGGUGCUAUGGACGUUGACUGGACAUGCGAGAUAGCCCGCGCAGUUUGACGCGCUGAAGCCUAUCCAUAUCGCUGGC